AUGUCUAGCUCGAACAAGAGGGAGGAAUAUGAAGAGAAACUUUUGCAGUCUUCUCGAAGGGGAGACAUCGACACAGUGGUUGUAAGUAGCAAACAAUACUAUGUUUUUUUUUUUUGUUAAGAAAUCACAGGCCAGACCUCCCAGGAAUUUGAAAACACGGCAUCGCAUUUUUAAAUAUUUUAAAGAUUUAUCACAACAAUGCCAUUUACAACGCCUCAUACUUUCUACGCUAAUAACAAUUACAACUGUCUUGAUGUUUUGCUUCAGCGUCAGUGAAAUGUCUGCAAAAUAUAAGCACACGUACAUGUACCUUUGUUUUACCGGAAACUGUGAAUGCCUUUUUAUCAUUCUCUUUGAGGAUUGUUUCCCAAAUAAAACCAUUCAUUUUAAAAGGAGAAAAAAACGUUGUUCCUAUGGUAAGAUAGAGCGAGAAGAUCACGGGUUAAUCACUGUUCUGACUUGAAGAUUUCCCUCAUGUUUGCCCGAAUUUUUUGUUGCUUUCGAUCAGCUUGUAGAGAGAAAAAAACAACUGCGUUGAAACUUAUAACAUUAUUCACUUCCUUACAAGGUCACUGAAAUUAUAUCUUGUAAAUAAUGAGCCCGAUUCUUUUACAAAUCAACUUACAACUGAGGACUGAUCCUCCGUAAGUCGGUAUUUAUAUAGGUCUUUGGCACAAAUUAGCAUAAUAGUAUUGUGCUGUUGUGGAUUUAUUGCAUGCUCUUAUAAAAAAGAAGCACUGUUAAAGAAGUUUUGGACUACAAUGAUGACAUAAAAAAAUAAUACAAACGUAGUUAUCUUUAUAGUUAUUUUAUAUUUACUCUUUUGGAUGUGAAAGGGAGUUUUUGAGUAGAAUUUUAAUUAGAAUUCUCUUGUGUAUUGUUUUAUUUUAGUAUAUGUGCAUCUAAAUUCAGUUUUUGGUUCAUCAAACACUUUGACAGAUGGUGAGAUCUGGCAGGGGUACUUUGCAGAAUGCCGAGUGGCCGCCAAAUGCCGAAUGUCUGUAAAGUUUGGUGAUUAGGGUUAAAAAUUAAAAUGAGUAAAUCAGGUUCCAUUUAAGGUGACAUUAUACCAGAAAAACGGACCUGAAACUUGAUUCACUCAGUUUCCUAACCCUAAUCACUAAACUUCAGUAUCAUUUGCAUUCUGCAUUCGGCAUUCAGCAUUCUGCAAACUCUCACCAUCUCACAGCUCAGGUUAUCAUCUCAUGGUCUUAUAACUUAACCUCCAAUUCUCAUUGUGAAUCAGAAAAGCUUGAAAUUGCCAAACAAUUCCAGUUAUUAUACUACUAUAUGAAAAAUUACUGCAAUUUGAUUGGCUUAGAGCAGUGGUAUUUCAGCUUAAUUUGAAAUACCUACAUGUGAAAAUUACAAAGCUUUUGCGGGUAGUAGUAUAAACAAAUAAUAGCAUGAUUUGUGCGUGAUAUUUGGCAUAAAUACCACUCGUGAUACAGGGUUCUCAAUAGAUUUUUAAGUAGGAGGUGAUCACUGAUAAAGUAGGAGGCUCUUCAGCAAAGCCAGAGGUGUCAAAACAAAGCAAAGAAAAGCGACUUAAACACAAAGUAAGCGGUUAUAAAUCCCAAAGUAAGCGACGAUCAAUCGCCGGGUGCCGCCUUCUAUUGAGAACCCUGGUGAUAUUUCAAAAUUGUCUCAAAUCUCACUCGCCUAAUGGCUCGUGAAAUUACGUAUAACAAUUUCGAAAUAUCACUCAUGGUAUUCAUGCCAAAUAUCACUACAAAUCAUGCUAUUACCUAUACAAAUACAAUUAUAAAAUAAAAAAGUCAGCGUUUAUAAUGGCCAAGUUUUAGUGGCAUGUGUCAUUGCGUUUACAGGCAAACGCUGGUCCCAUCUUCUGUGCUACCUUCAACUGACAGAAGCAUCAAAUGAAUGACAUUUUUUUUUACCUUCGGUCUGUUUUGUAGAACCUGUUACAAGCUAAGACAUCCAAGAGUAAUUCCAAGAGAAUUGAUGUAAACUGCAAAGGUAUUGAUUUUGUUACUUCUUUAUGAGGUAGAAAAGUAGGAACCACAUGAGGAAGGGAGGUAGCAAAUGGAAUGAAAGAGACAUGAGUAGAGGAAGAAGAGGGGAGGGAGGUGUCUCCAAGGAGAGAAAAGCAUAUGUAUCAGAAGCAAAGGGGUGUGUACUUAGAGAGAGUACCAAAAAAGGGUUAGGGGGGUAUUCUAGACUGUUGGCCAGAACCUCUUUAGAACCUGUAAUUUGAUAGGUUCUUGUUCGCCCGAAGCUCUAUUGUUUUAGAGUUGGGGUUCAUUGUCAGUUUUGUUUGGGUUAGGGCUAUCUAUUGUGUUCUAAACCAAUCCUGUGAGCAGUUCUGAGAGCUUCCGGUCCACCCAUUUUAGGGCAGAAAAUUUUUAAAAGGAAGAAACCAGUGAAAAAGAAAAAAGCUGCAGGGGUGUGUGCCAGGCAGGAACUAGGGCUUUUAAGAAACUAGGAAAGGGAUGAAAGCCUGUGAAAAGGUUGUGAUCCACAAGUGAAAAUACCAGAAAAGGGGAGCAAAAUUAAUGGAAACCUUUAAAUAGAAUGUUGCAACUGACAAAGAAAGUGGGGAAACCUGGAGAGAAUGGCAGCAUGGAAUCUGGAAUCCGGAAAUGGAAUCACAGAAACAGAAAGGGAAUACGGAAUACAGAAUCAACUAUAAAUGAUAGAAAAUUAAAGAAUUUCACAUUGCAUAGUUUAAACUAGAAGAUAUAGGGAAAGAAAUUUAGCAGGAACAAAAAAAAGGGAGAGAAACAGGGUUUAAAAAAGGCCCAUCUGGUUGUCCAGGACAAACCGAUUUUUUUGUUGUGCAAAGUAACUUCUUAUGCUCUGACAGCAUGCUAGAAAAAGGGAGUGAAGCAAAAAUUAGCCAAUCAAUUAUGGAGAAAGAAUCAAGUUCAUUCUCUGAGACAGUGAGAUUCUCUGUUUUGUCUCUAGGGAAAUCCAAAUCCAACCAAGGAUGGACUCCUCUUCAUCUGGCAGCUUAUUUUGGUCAUAAGAAUGUUGUACAGGUCUUAUUGGAGGUGUGUAAAUUAGACAAUAUCAAGGCAUUGCUCUAAGAGAAACUAAAAGGAUCUGAGGCAUAUGGUUUCUAUAAAAACCAAGUUUUCCUAAAAGGAGCCCCAGUUAACCCUUUGCUAAACUCAACCAAUAGAUGAGCUUGGGCAUUGGUGCCUACAAAGUUGGUGGGCCGGGCAAUGCUCUAGCAUGAGGAUGGUUCCUACCAGGAAAAAUACUUACCAAGUUUUAGCCCCUACCAAGAGGGAGGGAGGGAAAAAACCAAAGCACAAACUGGCAAGCAAACCUGUAACAACAGUUGAACUGCUAGCAACACAAGGUGCCAUUGCCUUACCCCCUAUUGGAGAAAAGUCCCAAUGGUGACCAACAUCAGGUUUCUCCUAACAAUAUCCUAAUAUUGUCAAGAGAAAUGGGUACAAGAAUUAAUCAAAUGAUCACUAAAGAGAAAAUGCUUUGAUCUUUUAUUAAACUCCCUCAUCUCUAGAUAAGGAAAUGUAUGAAUAUCGGUGUGGAGAAUUUGUAUGUAGAUAUUGGGGCUUAAAGGGUUAAGGGGUUAGUAUGUAAAAAAUUUGUCAUUUUCUUAACCAAUCCAGAAGACUUCCAAAAAAGAUAAAAAAGACAAGUAAAGUAGCUUCUCCCCUUUUCUGCCUUUAGAGCUAAACUUACUGUAUUGCCUAAGGUGCUCAUUGUCAGUGUGCAUAAAUAUUAUUAUAAGUACACAUAUCAUACCAUGUAGUCAGUUAACAGGUUAAGCAGGUUAAGCUAACUGAGUUGAUUCACUUAUGGGAUGAUUGAAGCUAGGAACAAGCUAAGGAAGCUCAUUAAUGGAGUUAAUAAACAAUCCAGCUGUCUCUUUGGACUUAAUGGUACCUCCAAAAUAUUUUUUUUUAUUAUUGUCAGCCUGUUUCAGACAGCUUCCACUUUGUCACACUGACAGAAGCGAAUAGUGAGAGUGAAAUUCAGGGGAAGACUUCAUUCCUUUUUUUUUCAUACUAAUUUCUUUGUUAUCUGUUUCAAUUCAAUUCAAUUCAAUUUCAGUUUUUUGUUUGCUCCUUACAAAUAACUGGUAGCUUGUGAUAGUGUUACAGAGUUAGGUUAUCUGUAUAUGAAUAUCCUGGUUUUCCAGAACAUCAGCCAUUGACAAGAAGCCUCCAUUGAAAGCUAUAUGGUUUUAUACUCUUUUUUAAUUAUGUUCUUUUUAGAAUGGAGCGGAUGUUAAUUCCAGGAAUGGAAUGGGAGAUACUCCAUUACACCGUGCCGCUUUCACUGGAAGAGCUGUAAGUGUUUGAUGAUGAUGAUGAUGAUAAUGAUGAUACGUUUUAUUGCUGUGUGGAGGGAACUAGGUGAAAGAAAGAGAUGAAUUGAGAAAUAAUAUAUGUUACAUUCUAUUCUGACAUCUAAUGUUUUUGAUAAAUAAUUCUUUAAUUAAUUAUAAAUUUUUGUGUGCUACUGAACAUUUGAAUAUUAUGUAGUUUCCCCAUUUUAUUUGGAAUAUAGCACCUUGUAAAAAACAAAACUAUUCUAAAUAAGGUACACUUAUUUGGAGAAUACAUCUAUACACUUGACUGUAUAGAUGUUCUGUGAUUUUGUUUUUGUUGUUGUUGUUGUUGUGGUAAUUGUUGUUACAAAUUCUCCACUUCUAUGUUGUCCAAAAAUGACCAAAAACUAUGCCAUGCUUUCCCUUUGAUAGAAUCAUUUGAUAUCAGGGUUGUCAUUAAGAGCUGGGGGCCGGGGAUUUUCCCCGGCUACUAAGAGAGUGGCCCCCGGCUACUUUUAUUGGAAAAUAGAAGAAAAAUAGAACCAAAAGAAAUCCCUAGCUGUUUGAUUCCCCGCCUACUUGUUGUAUUUACCCGGCAACUUGAAAUCUUAGUGACAACCCUGGAUAUCAACCUUUAACGAGUUAAUAGUAGGAAAAAAAUUACUCAGAACUUAAUAAUCUCAAAGCAGAUGCAAUGCAAAAUAUGGAAUUUGGCAUGGCAUAUAUAGCCUCUUCUUAAGUACAAAAUGAGUCUUUACCAACUAAACUCUUUUAGGAUGUUGUUACGCUGCUUAUUCAAUACAACGCUGAUGUGACAAUCAUAAAUGGGGAAGGGAGGAAACCAAGUCAAGUUACAAACAGUACAGAGGUUAAACAACUCAUCAAAGGUGGGUUUUUGUUACUUGUAAACCUGUUGGUGCUUAGAUAAUACUGGGCAUGAUAAAGAUGUUUUUUUUUCCCCUAAGUGACACAGCCAGCUCAGAAGAAUCCUAGUUUAGUGGCCUUUGAUCCCACCAGUCUCCUAUACCUCAGCGGUGGCGCAUUGGGACUAGAAACCUGGCCCUAGUUGUUGAAAAGGUGGCUAGUGCUAUCCACCGGAUAAAUCUCUAUGACUGUUAUGCUGGAUAGUGGAAAUUAUUGGUUUCCCUAAUACUUAUCCACUGGAUAAUGAUUUAUCUUAAUUCUGUUAAAUUUAUAUCAUGACAGCAUGCUAUAUCAAUGUUUAUACUAUUACAUGAGAAAUUUCUGCAAUUUGAUCGGUUUAGAGCAGUGGUAUUUAAAGCUUAACCCCAAAAAUAUUUACAUGUGAGAAAAGUCCCAACCUUUUGUGGGGGAAUUCUAAAAAAUAGUUAGCAUGGUUGGGACUUGAUAUUUCAAAAUUGUUUCCAAAUUUUUGCCUUUUUUGUGAAAUUCUUUAAAUUUUGAAAUAUAUGUGGUAUUUAUGCCAAAUAUCACUACAAAUCAUGCUAUUACCCCUACGUAUAUGUUAUUUGUAAGAAAUUAUCAUGCAGAUUUCACAGUCCAGUGUCUUUAAUGGCACUUUUGUUUUGUCAGCUGCUGAAAGAAGCCUCCAGCUCAGGUUAGAAGAACGUUUGCUCACAGCUGCCAGGGAAGGUGACAACAGCGAGCUUAAAAAACUGGUUGGUUUAAUUUAUAUUAGCUAUUUUCCUCCUGUCUCAUUCAACGACAAUAUUUUUGUAUUUUGUACAAGUUUAAAUUUCAUUUAAUUGUAAAAUACUGUUAAUGCCAUCAUGGCCUGGCACAGUGUAUGCAGAAACUAUACAUGUACACUAAUGGCCAAUUUGCCUUGCCUUACCUUUGUCGUUGCAGAUGGACAGUGUUCACCCUCCUAACAUCAACUGUCAAGACAUGGUAGGAAACACUCCACUCCACUGUGCUGCCUAUAGGUAAGCAGCCCCAUGAAAACAUAAGAUUACAGACUUUGUAUGAGGAUAGAAGACAUUAUUUUAAUAUCCUCUAGGCUUCAUUCUAGUAAGAAAUGAGAUAUGAUUAUGGAUAGGCCCUCUUCUUAGGGUUCAGAUUAUGUCAUAUGUUUACAUGUUCUGGUUCAAUUUUAUCCUUGGUUUAAAUUUUAUUUUCCUUUGUUUUAGACUCAUUACCAUACAUAACCAUAACCUAAAACAAAGGGAAAUGAAAUUUAAACCAAGGAUAAAAUUGAACCACAACUUGUACACAUAAUUAUAGUAGCAAAAUACAGUAGAGCCUCAAUAUGGCGUACCUCUAAAUAACAAACUCCUUGGUGUAAUAAAUGAUUUUUUCUUUACCUCAGUAAUGGUGAAAUAAUUCUAAGGAAAAGAACCCUGAUAUCACAAAACCUAUUUAUAGUGAACAAACUGUGCCAGAUCCCUCAGAACUCAAAGUUGUCACUAUGAUUUGAAGUUAUGCUGAGUAAAUACAACAAGUAGGUGGUGAAUCAAACAGCUAGGGAUUUCUUUGGUUUCAUUUUCCUUCUACAGUUUUUCCCAACAACUUAAGUAGCUGGAGUUCAUGUACUUUGUAGCCACCUUUGGCCAGCCUUUGAUGACAGCUCUCAGUGCAGUACUUUAUUUCUGUUUUUUUUUCUCUUUAAUUUAGGGGACAUAAAGUAAUUGCAGUUACUCUUUUACAACAUGGAGCAGAUACAACUAUCAAAAACAGCAGUGGUAAGCUCAACAUUUUGAUUAUAUUAAAUUUUUGCAAAACAAUGUUACACGUGACAUUAUUAAAUUUCUUCAAGAAUUGUCUAAAGAUAGUAAGUGACAAUGUUAAAGGUGAAGUGGUAAAUGUGAUAAUGGCAAUAGUAAUGAUAUAAGGCUGUAUAAAACUGUGCUGAUACACUGUAGAACAGCCAGUGUAUUUCUCUUACUUCACUCUAUAUGCUAAAGUCCCAAUAAAGAACAGUAGUGAAUUCAUAUGCAAAUAUUGCCGUUGCAUUUUGUACUUGCAUUGCUUGGCACUUAUCUUUAAUGAGCUGACCUAGCUGUACACAAUGGAUGUGUCUUUUGUUGUUGUUGUAUUUUUCUUUCCAACUAAAAUUUAUUUCAUGCACAUGCUUUACUUGUUUAGUUUAUGAUAUGUAUACCUACUGUAGUUUUAAUUACUGUUAGUAAUAGACUGCAUUGUUUUCCACUCUUAGGACAAACAGCUUUGGACCUAUCAGCCAACAAGAAAAUGAAACAACUUUUGGAUGUUCAACCACUACAGGUUAAUUUUUUUUGUUUUUUGUUUUCUCUUUUUAUGCAUAAUUCAAGCAAAGAGCAUCAAUAAAAAGAACAUGGUUCAACCAUGUAUAUUUUGGUCCAUGUCUCAGUAUUGGUAGAAACUUUGCUAAAAAUGUCUCAUGGUUUUCUAUCUCUUUGGUUUUUCUCAAAGAAACUUCACAAAGUUGUAACCAGGCACGAGGGCCUUCUACUCAAGGUAAGAUUUUCCUGAGAAACUCAGGUUUUAAAACAAUGAUGAAUAUAUUUUUUUGCAUAGGUUAUGACUUGACAGAACAAGUUUAUAAUUAUCUCAGCAAAGGGAACUGCAAUCCAGAAAGAAAGUGGAGACUGCCAUUGACCUAUUCGGCUAACUCAAUGUUGUACCCAAUUCAAACCCCUUGGGAAUAAAACGUUUUGUUUCAGGAAUUUCGACAUCAGUUAUAUGUGAAUACCAUUACUGCAUAUUACAUGUAAUGUAUUGUUUUAGCAUGCUACAGCAGUUUCUAGGGGACCAUCAUUGCGAGACAAAAAGUGAAUCCAGUGCAACUUAUUAUUUACCUUUAAUUAUUUAUUUGUCUAGUGUGUGUCAGUUAUUCAGAGAUGCUUAUUGAUUUUUGGGGGUUUAACUCUUCAUCAAGUAGUAAACAAGGCAAACUAGUGCUCUUAACCUUAACAAAAAAAUCCUGCUCUUUAAUAGACAUAGUACUGACUAAUGUAUCUGUUCUAACAAGUGACCAUUUCUUUUUAUUUUCUAUCUAGCGCUCACGAUUUUUUGGUUGGAAGAAAUUUUGGGUGGUGUUAGAAAGAGGUGUUCUUAGCUAUUUUAACAAAAGGUAUUUAAAAUGAAUUUAUUAUAUAGACACGAGUGUUUUACUGGAAAAUAUGCCACUCGUAAAAUUCAUAAAAACUACAUCCUGGACCCGAGUGGUUUAUUUUCCAUAAUCUCACACGUGAGUUUAUCGAUGACGUAAUGUCGGUCAUUCCCUCUAUUAUUUUAUCAAUGUCUUUUUGUCUAUAUAAUAAAAAGAACAUUACAUGGCGGCUUGAAGAUAUGAAUUUUAUUUUCUCGUGGCAAAAACAAUAUUUUACUCACUUGCUGCGCUCGUUCGUAAAAUAUUGUUUUGCCACUCGAAAAUAAAAUUCAUAUCUUCGCGCCACCGUGUAAUAUCCUCUAUAUACUGUCUUGUUCCUGUUUCUCUAUUUCAUAUUAUAUGCUAUUAUUAUACCUUAUUUUUUCAUUUGUUUUUCAGAGCUGAUGCUGCUGCUAGUAUCAAAAGGCAGGGGUAUAAAUACCUUGACCGCUGUAAAUUUUUAGUGAGUUCACCUAUCUUUGUGAUUGUUUCACUGCAGUGUUAUACAUUCAUAACUCCACGCUCUAAUAAUGAUCCAAGGACCUAUUGCACACCUGUACACAACUGCACAACUGUUCUUUUCAGUGCACUCACCACCAAAUUCCCAUUUCCUAUUUUCAAACCUUAAAAAUACCUGAAACUGUUAGCAGUAAAGGGCAGUGAUGUACAAAAAAUGUAAAAUGCUCUGAGAUCUCCCGGCUACUAUGAGUAUAACCCCUGGCUACUUUUAAAGGAAACAAAAGGAAAAUAAAACCCAAAAAACUUCCUAGCUCUGUUCAAUUCCCCACCUGCUCAUUUCUUAUACCCAGCAACUUGAAAUCUUAGCAACAGCCCUGGUGUUGGGUGCUGCCAAAUCCCAUAAAGGUAAAAACAUAUUCUACUCGCGUGCAUUACAAACAUUUUUUGGGUGGAUUGAUGUGUCUGCUAAUGUAAUCGCCAUGUUGAAUUCCCUAAAAAUUGAGGAGUUGGAGCAAGUCAAAUGGGGAAGGUCUUAAAGCCUACCCGCGGCAGGAUUAACUCGGUCAGUACAGCGCUUGACUGCAGAGCGGGAGGCUGCGGGUUUGAUUCCCAGGGCCGGACUAAUACUCAGGAUCUUAAAAUAACUGAGAAAUGAAGGUACUGCCUUUGCCCUGCAAACUGGUAGUCCUUCACAUGGCUCGGAUGACCAUGUAAAAUGGCAUUGUAGGAGACUAAGAAAAGUGUCGCCUGUCUUUAACUAAAUUCAAAUUUUACCCCAAGGGUUUAUUUGUUCUUCCUUGUCCUCCUCGAAGAUGGAAACCACACAAAAUUAAAAACCGUUCUUUGCCGCCAUUAUUCUGAGAAAAGUGCCUGUCUUAACAUUAUAUUUUGUUGUUGUUAAAGGUUCCUAGAGAUGAAAGACACAAAAUUAAAAUCCAUUAUUCAGACAACACUGUUCACAUCUGGAGUAUCCCCACCAGUGAAAAAGCUCCACAAGUGCAGAGACAGGUCUGUAACAGGUUCAUUAUAUAUUCAUGUACUUAGCCCGCUAAUACAUCUGUCUUUCAUCGCUGCGAUGGACGAGGAGCAAGGAAAGGCGGCGCGUUUGAAGGCUAUAUGAAGCUUGACUAAAGAAAACAUUGUUUGGAAUUUUUCAAGUUAAUCUAUUUGGUUGUUUGAUAAUAAUGCAAAGCAUGUCACGCUAUCUAACUGUUUUCUGUCGCAGUGUUUUGAUUUUAAGUUUUUCUUUUACUGAAAGCUACCAAUAAUCGUUUUAUCCACUUUUGUCAUAACAAAUUUUGUUGUUAAAAUGUUUGCUGACAGCCUUGAAAGCCUUCCACGUGGCAGUCGUCUGAUUGUACGUUGAAAACUUAGUUCACAGAGCCCAAGUUUAUUUCUCACGCCUGUAGUUUAACAAGCCAAAAGAAAGGUAGUCGUUAAAGUGUGUGACUUUUGUAAUCAUUUUGUAUUUCAGCGAUGGUUGAACUCUCUUCAUGAACACUGUGCUUACAGUACAUUUUACACGACUCAGCCAACACUGUUGAUUGAUGAUAACGAACAAGAUGUUAUUCCACUUGGAAACAUGCGAGAUUCCCUUAAGGUGAGUGCUUAUUAUAGGAUAAUUAUGAAGGCUGCCCAGUAGUUUGUAAUGUUAUAGACCAGGGGCCCGUUUCUCGAAAGUCCCGAUAAUUAACGGGCCCGGUAAGCUGUCUCCGUUUACAUUAAAGAUCGAGGUUUCAAAAAGACGCGCAUGAUAAAACUAUCAGUUAGAAACAAAAUGGAGUUUGCUAGCCUCUCUUAUUCUUUAUAUUUCGAUUUGAAUAUUUGAUUUCGGGCCCGAAAAGUUACCGGGACUUUCGAGAAACGGGCCCCAGGCCCCGGUUGUUUUAACGUUGGAUAGCGCUAUGCGGAUAAACACUAUCCAGCGGAUAGCGUAAUUGAUUUCCGUAAGUGAUAGUGAUAGUGAUUUAUCCGGUGGAUAGCGCUAUCCAACGUUUGAACAACCGGGGCCUGUAGAUUCUUGGACGCGGACAAUUACUAGAACAAGAUUGUCUCAGUUAUACUAAGUAGUGCGCGUGCGUGAAUUUGGCGGGAAAACGUGAUAGCCAUUGUCAUGCUACUACGAGUUUAGCAAAAACGUUGUAGUGACGGAAACAAGUUAUCAAAUGUUAGAAUUUUUAUGAUUUUGUGAUCGGGAGAGACCUUAACCUCUUUCAAUAAAAAUAACCGUGCUAACGGGCCCUUCUGGAGAAGAAAAAAGUGCAAUAAAGCUUUCCGUGGUGUCCAUUUUAUGAGAAUACCCGAAAGAACUUGAAGUCAAAUCUCGUCCUCGUCCUCCACUCAAAUAGUCUAUUACUGUGAUACUGGCCGGUAAUUAGCUCUUUGUUGAAUACCACGGUUCCACUUGGAAACACGCACGACUCCCUCAAGAUGAGUGCUAAUUAUCAUAGUACAAUUUUCCUGGGGUGGGGGGAGGGGAGUGGUAUGUAAGUCAGAGUAGUGUAUUAAUGUGAUAUUAAGGGGUCCCCAACUCGUACUAGUAACGUGUACAAGCCAGGCCUAUUUUAGAAGGACAUUAUAUGGAGUCAUCGGAUCAUAACGGUGCUUACAUCUUCCCACCAAUUUGCACCAACAGGCUCAAUUAUUGUUAUUUCUAGAUACCGUAAAAUUCCGAAAAUAAGCGCUGAGGCUUAUAUUUUUCAAAGGCCCGUUUUAAGGGGCUUAUUUUUGGUGGGGCUUAUUUUUCGGAGAGGCUUAUCUACGGAGGGAAAUUUGCGUUUCAAAAUCGAUUGGGCUAGCCUUAUAGUUGCAGGUAAAUUUACCGUUUUUGCCUUUGUUUCAUUUUGUAUUUGAGGGUAAUUUUCCAAGUACAAACCUCGGGGGGCUUAUAUUUGGAGGGGCGAUUUAACGGAGGGUUUUUUGCGUUCCCGGUUUGGGGGCUUAUAUACUUGGAGGGGCUUAUUUUCGGAAUUUUAUAUGCCAACGAAUCCCAUAAUUGCACAAAAUUUAGUUUUUGUGAUGUCGUCACUUCCCUUCUCUGAAAAACAACUGCAGAUGGUUGAACUCUCUGGUUGAAUUUUUUCAGGCUUUUUUUUUUCGCUACUGUAUUAGUCAUGUCUUUAACUUCGAGGAUCCUCUUUGCAUGUUCUUAUUUCUUCUCUUCUCUUUUGUGUGUGAGAAGUAAUGUUGCUAUUUGCUUGCAUUCCAGAGUGCUCGGGCCCAUCAGCAGCUUUUAGACCAGCAAGUCAGUGGAGUUACCCAUGUAAUCGCUGAUUUUUCAAGCUCAUCUUCCACGCAGUCCAACACCAAGGGUAAGAUGUUUUUGUGCUCGUUCAACCAUUGUACACUCCCAGUCCGGGCCUCGAAAAAAGUGCUGUCCGGUCAUCCAGGGCAAGGAGAUUUUCUUUUUUGGCAAGUAACGUUUUCACCUCAUUUGUCCAACAGGUGAGCGUCCGGGUAGGUCAUCUGGUAACAAAAUCAUUAACUAAGGCAAGUAGGCAGUGGCCCUGUGGAGGCAAAAUGCGAGAGAUGCUUUCCCAAUAGCCUGUUCCAACAUUGUUCAGGCUCUCAGAUACUAUCUCGGAGCUUCGAACAGGCUACUUGCCCAUAGGAUAAAGCUAGACAAGCUGGAAUUCAAACUUUUUUCGCGCUCUGCUGAUUCUCGUGAUAUCAUUGGCAGAUCUAGGGAAUGAGUCCACUGAACUUUACAAAGAACACAAGGCAGCCUCAGCUUCAACGUGCUGACCUGGUUUUUGCUUUUUUGACUUCUUGAAUAAGUAUUGCGUGACAUAUACAGUCAAUGACAGGCGUCUUGUAGCUAUGUUAAUUCAAAGAAAAUGAAUUACUUUCCAUAAUAUACAGGAGAUGCACUUCAGUCAUCUUAGUCAUUUUCGUAGUCAUCAUGUUGCGUGUUUUUGCUACAGGGAGUUUACUGAAGAUCAGUGAAAAACUGAACGAGGUAGUAGCCACUGCAAGGAACAUGUGUAACGCGCUCACUCACUGCUUAGAUCUUCUCUCGCAGCAGGAAGAGGUAAGUUGAAUCUGAAAAAACUUCAUUUCUUGAAUUAUAGUUUUUUUGAGCCACGAAGCUCUCAGAAAGCUCUAUUUUCAUUGGCCUUUGAAUACGCAUCUUGUAAGGAACGAGAUUUCUUUUAUAUUUAUUUUUUUACUUUUCUUUCCUUUCUCCAAAACUUCUCUUCUAACCCCUUCUGUCUCCGUUUCUAUUGCCUUUGUCACUAAAUCCUUAAGCAUUUUACUAGGAAUAUUUGUCUUAAGAACAACACGUUCCGAAGGGAAACAGAGCGAGAAAGCAAACGUAACCCUCGUGAUACUUGCUUUUGUUAUUACUAUAAGUAUCUCGGCUGACGUCCUGUGCAUUAUACAGAAGCAUGCUUCGCGCAAACCAUGCGCAGGUUCUGCAAAAAAGUGUUUCAGUUUGCAAAUUCUGUUCCGCGUUUGUUUCUCAGGUGCGAGAUCUUAGAUUUGAAGAGGAGGUGGAGAAGCGGCGAGUUCUUGAAGAUGCACUACAUGUGCUUGCCACAGAGCACCACGCCUUAGAGUGUUCCAUUGGAGCUCACGAGGUAACAGAGAGAUUCCCCCAAAAAUCAAACAUUCUCACAAUGUGCCAUGUCCGAGUUCCCACGGGCCUCUGUAUCAAAACGAGGUUAAGUGCUAAGCCUUUAACAUGGAAAUGAUUUGUCAUCCUCAUGCAAAUAAAACUCAUUUUCACAAGAAAGGUUGUGCACUUGGGAAGUGGCCUAUUAUAAUUAGUGUUUUGAGAAGAUUAGCCUCUCGGUACAUUCAUUUAAAGGGAGAUACGGUAUGAAUGUUAAAUGAUCCUUUUUGAUAAGUGCUCGAUUUUACUCGCUCCUUUUGUUGCUGAAUUCUUACCCAAACCAAAUCAUCCAUACCCCGCCCCCCCUCAAAAGUUAAAUGUUCGAACCCUAACGACAAUACGAAGUCCUUUUUGUAUUACUGCGCGCUUGAGUAUCAUCUCUUCAGUGCAACCGUCUCCUGGUUCGAUUCUCAUCUCCCCUUUGUCGAUCAUGUCGUAAACUUUGCUAGCGCGUUUUAUUAUUUGUACAAUAUCCGGCACAUUAGGAAGUAUUUGUCUCGUAAGUCCACCGAGAGGCUUGUUCACACGUUCAUCACAAGCAGGCUUGACUACUGUAAUGGUUUAUUGUACGAUGCUCCUGAGUAUCAAAUUAAGAAACUUCAAAGAGUCUGAAUGCCAGUGCUCGAUUGGUUUACUGCGCACCUAAGUAAACUCCUUUGCUAAGAGAAUACUAGUGCGCUUGCGCGUAGAUUUUAAGAUUCUCCUGUUACAUUUAAGAUUCUUCAAGGUGUUGCGCCUAGCUAUCUUAAGGAUCUUGUCUCUGUCUUACCGGACUCACGUUACCAACUACGCCGUAACAAUAAUGGUAUAUUGUUAGAAAGACCUCGGCUAAGAACGAAGAAGACUUUGGGAGAUCGCGCGUUAUCGAUGGCUGCCCCCUUUUUAUGGAACAGUCUUCCUCUGCCAAUAAGACAGGAAACAUCAAUCGACUCUUUUAAACGCUCUGUUAAAACGCCAAAUUCAAACAGUUUGAAGACAAUGUUGUCUUUCAAUUUACGGUAUCAUUAAGUCAAAAACAGUUUGCUUGAUUUUGUUUCUCUCCAGUCAGGUGUAUAAAUUUGCACCAGCGACACAUUGCCGGCAGACAUGGUGGACUGGUACUCUAGCUCAUUCUUGAAAGGGAAUGGUCCGACGGUUUAAGUCGCCGUAUUUAUUAGACAAAACAAAAACGUGGUCGGACUCAUUCCAUGACGCAGUGCGCGUUGUACACGACGGAAUCGCAAAUACACUGUAGGCAUAUUAUCGCCAUAUAUUCUCUGUACUAAUAUUUUUUCGUUAGUUCAACAAUUUACUUGUGUUUCUAGAUUCACUAAUCACUCCCUACUCGCCAGUUUGAGUCGGUUAUUGAUAACUUUUAUUUGCACUGCUGCACGUAGUUGUUCCAAGCUAAUGCAUCACUAGAUGGCCUAAGGGUCUUGACUGCGCCUUUACUUACCUAUUGCACUGAUAAUUGUUAUGUUUUUCCCCCUAGUACAUCCACGGAAGUCGCAUGACACUGACAAGCGACUGCAACGAGGAGUUCUUCGAUGCCAGGUCCGACAUCGGAUGUGCUCCUCUAGACGUCGACUUGCUCUCGGACGAUGACAGCGAUGACGGUGACGACUACGUGCCGUGCGAGGCCGCACCCAUCGUGGCCAACGACGGAACACAUAGCAAUCAUUUGGAAGCCGUUGCGGAACCUAGUAUUAGUAUGAAAAGAGCGAAAUCUGGAGGACAAUUAGGGAACUUAAACAGACUUUCUUUAAUGCGUAGCACGUCGGAUACUGAUAUUGCUUCAAAAUCGGACGUUAGAACUUUACUGGAUUGUGAUACCGGUAGUUUGUUGAAAGUGAAGUCGGCUUCUAGUGAUAUGGAACAGACUGCAGCGCAGUAUAGAAAACAAGAAGCUGAGAAGCAAGCCCAAGGAAUAGUGCGCUACAGGUAGGAGUUUUAGCCACAUACAUUGCCAUGUUUUUUUUCCAGCCCUUUUCCUGCCAAUCCGAGAUUUUUAACUUAAAAAUCAAGGAAAGGUUGGAGUUCUCAGGUUAUGCUACAAUUUCGGACAAAAGUAGUUGGGAAGGUUGUACAACGUAAUAGUAGUUAAUUUUAACGUUCAAAACAGAUUGUUUUCUUUUUUGCUAAUUACCCCCCGUCCCCCCUAUUCAAUGUUGGGAUAUAAAAGAACAAUUACCCGCACAAACACUCAAGUUUUACUCAACAUUGAGCCAGGGGCGAGGGAAACAAGAAAAACAGAGGUAAAAAGUGGCAGCCUUCCCAACACUUUUGACGAUGGUUGUAGGUUUGAGUUGAUCCUCUUCUUUUUCUUCCUAGAACUGCUCUUCCUGUGGCUAUGCUGUCAAGAAACGAGUUUAGCGUCUGGACAGUCCUGCGUCAAUGUAUAGGAAAGGUAUUUUAGCGCUAUAUUCCAUGCGCAGCAGCGUUCAAGCAGUAUAAUCUUAAAUAUGACCUUGUUUGUCCAUAAAAAAAAGAGCGCAAAAUUUAGGAUGCUUUUAUUCCUGCCUAGUCCUCUUGAACACCAUCAAAAUGCAUGCUAUGUUCGCUUUCGAUUUUGAAAUGAGCAGUUAAUAGUUAGAUCUGUUUCUUGAAAUAUUUCUAUAAGAAGGGCUCAAUCCCCAGUCGCUCCAAGAGGCUUAAAGCGAGACCUGAGAGGCAAUCUUUGAUGUGGUCGCGUCAAGGUUUCACUUGCACAUCUCAAUCACAGACACGGAGCCGCGCCCGGUGGAGGGGGAAGGGGUGAUGGGGGUGGAGGAUACAAAGCCUUGAAUCUUAUAUACCCUCCUCGCCUGACCUCUGUAAGAACUGCUCUGCCAUUAGUUUAAUAGUUCACUUUGUUUUUUCCUUUUUCCAGGACUUGUCUAGAAUUACAAUGCCAGGUGAGUAUUAACGGUUCUAGGUAGUACAGUAUUCCGCCGCUUGGUGAACGGAUACAAAAAUACAUGGUUUCAUGGUUUCAUGGUUUCACUCCAGUCCUCAGUUGAAAGUUAAGUUCAGUUUACGUUAAGACCCGAGAUCCUAUCUGUACGUUGUGUUACGUAUGACAUCCUUCGGGCAUGCUAAUGUGUCAAACAUUUCGGCUUUCUUGAGUGGAUGAAUUUCUUGGAUUCCAUUUAUAAUUUAAUUUGCACAAAAAAAUGAGCUGUACCAAGCAUGCAUGUGGCCGCGCACUUAAAGCCUACCGUUCUUUAACUUUCAGUUAUUUUCAAUGAGCCGUUAACGUUUCUUCAGCGCGUAGCAGAGUACAUGGAAUAUGUCUACCUGCUCCAUACUGCAGCCAGUUUAGAUGAUCCUCUUCUUCGCAUGCAGGUAAUUGGUUCUUACUUCUUAGCACGUAAGAGAUAACAAAUGCUUAACUUUUGCAAAGCAUUGCAAGCAACCACUUACUUUUACUAACGGCCUAAAAGCUACCGUAAGGAAGUGGUGUCUUAUAACUUAUGCAAUAUUCUUUCCUUUAGUGUCAUUCGUGCUAACAAUAAAAGAUUCAAAAGAUAAAACAACCUUGCACAAAACAAUUAAAACAGUGCUACAGAAAUUUAAUGUGGUGUUUAGAAACUUAUCUGUAAACGGUAACACCAUAGGAUUUCAUCCACAGGCUCAAAAGUUAGAACUACAUACUAAAUAAAUAGUACCAUGUGAAAGUACUGCUGAAGAGGUUUCAUUUGAAUGGUAACACCAUCGGAUUUCAUCUACAGACUCAAAAGUUAGAACUAUAUACUAAAUAUAUAGUACCAUGUGAAAGUACUGCUGAAGAGGUUUCAUUUGAAUGGUAACACCAUAGGAUUUCAUCCACAGACUCAAAAGUUAGAACCACCCUGUUCAGCUUAAAGAACAGUACCACAGGUGUGUAGAGUGGGUAGUGCUACUUUGCACAGCCAUGAGAAAUAAGUACCUCAUAAAAAUUUUUGGUCGGCUGUUUCAUUUAAAUGGUUACUUAGUGAAUGUUAAAUGAAGAUAUGAUCGUCGCAGUGGUAAUUGCAAUUUAAGCAAUAGCAAAUUACCCGCCCUCCCCUCCCCUCCCCGCUAAAAAAAAAAUCGAGACUUCAACGGGGUUCGAACCCAUGGCCUUUGCGUUAGCGCUUCAGUGCCCUAACCAAGUGAACUAUGACGACCCAUACAUUGGGAGCAGGCCAAAUAAACAGUACCAAAGGAAAGUAGUGAAUGUUCUCACAUUAUUUUUUUAUUAUUAUUUUAGUACGUCUGUGCAUUUGCUAUAUCAGCCACUGCGUCUAAUCUAGAUAGAGUAGGAAAGCCUUUUAAUCCACUUCUGGGGGAGACCUAUGAACUAGUUCGGUGAGUAUUGAGAAAUUUGCCUUUUAUUUUCUUAUUUCUCCUAAAUUCUGACCUGUCGACCCAUGAAUCAUUAUGUUGUUGUUGCUUUUUUAGGGAGGAUUUGGGUUUCAAGCUAAUUGCAGAACAGGUUGGUGAAAUCCUUUUUAACAAUCAGAAAACUCUCAAGUCCAUUUUUUUUAUUCUGCCAGAAGAUAAAUUUUGGCUCAGUUAGGUUUUUUUUUUCUGAUUCAGAACAAACCUUUAACUUAGCCUAAAAUUCGUUUCCCUGAGAUAAAACGUUUUGGAAUUCCAACUGUUUGUAAAGGUUCGAUAGUGCAGGAAUUUAAAACCAUCAAAAUAUGAUAAAAUCGACCUUUUCAACCCUUUGGGCCAAAAACUGGGAACAUUUUACGUCAAGAGGGAGUUGAUGAAUUUAAGUAAAUUUAAGUGCUUGUAUCUUUGUCCGGAGUAUACAACUGUUUUUUCAACUGAAACGUUGCAGCAUUACAGUAGUUUCGUUCACUUUAGGUCAGUCAUCACCCCCCGGUGAGUGCCAUACAAGUGGAGGCCGAUGGAUUUGUGUUUCACGUCACCGUUCAACCUAAGUUGAAAUUCUGGGGAAAAGGAGUCGAGAUUCAACCCAAGGGAAUGAUUACGCUCAAGUUUCCAAAGUAAGUGUGAGUGUUUGAUUGAACAGCCACAAACGUAUGCAGGGAUGUUGGCUUUGAGAUGUUUUUAAAGAAGAAGAGGAUACUUCUUGUUUAAAAUUCUAGGUAGACUGCAAAACAGUCGGUUUUUUUCUCCAAAUCAGGAAAGAAAUCGGUUAAGCGUGGCGUAAGAGUCUUAAGAGCGAAGCGCGCGAGCCUCACACGCCCUCUGUUUUCAGACCUUUCGUUUGACUGCUCGCGCGUACUUGAAUACGCAAAAAUACGAACUGUUUUGCAGUCUAAAUUCUAGGUAACGAAAAGAAGUAAAGAAAAUUGAGAGAUUUAGAGUCUCGUCUACGGCAAACGGCAAACUUGAGUUCGUACCACGUGACAAACGUUUUCCUUUCCUUGUCGCUUACUGAUUUUUUACAACUACCGGAAAAUCAGUAGAUUCACCCCAGUUCUAUCGAUAAGAAUUGUUUGAGCUGUUUUUAUCUGCUCAUUUGCUACUAUUUUGAUGAAUUCUCAACUUUAUUGUCACGAUUUCUGUUUGCUGUUUGCCGUUUGCAGUAAACGUGACUCCGAAUCGCUCUAAUAACUGGGAAGAUAUCGUGACAUUACGAUACAAUGAUUAUGGCUGCAAUGGUGUAUUAUUUUUUCCCACGAGACGAUACAGAUUGCGAUACAAGGGUAACGAUACAAUAUAUUGUGGUUACACAACAGUGUAUAGCUGACAAGUAACAAAUAUUUGCGCACUCGUUUGUUCGCCAUCUUGUUACCCAUUGCCUUCUUAAACGGGGUGACCUUUUUUUUAUCGGAUUCCAUCUUCAAGUCCUCGCUUAUUUCAGCAGUUGAUGCAGCAAAUUAGCGUGUGAUGAAGAGAUCUUAGACAGCUGUGUCAAGUUUUUUAUUCUUUUUUUCCCUUAGACACAAUGAGGUCUACACGUGGAACAAUGUGAAUAGCUGUGUACAUAACAUAAUUGUUGGACAACUCUGGAUCGAGCAAGUAAGUGAUAUUGGUGCGGGGAGCCCCGUAUAAUAGGGGGCGGGAGAGGAAAAAUGCAGAGGUUAGGAGUCUAAAAGGUCGGGAAGCGGGAGAAAUAAGGGAAAAUUCGCAACAGUAAUAGUUAAUAUUUCGCAGUCAAAAAUGGGAUACAGAGAGGAAGCCAAGAAUAAGGGCGGUAGCCGGAAAUGCAAGGUGCGGGAGGCGGGAGGUUUAGAACCCCUGUUACCCCUCCCCUCCAGAUGACUCGUGGCACAGCCAUUUGAAAAGCAUCUAACCUUACAGAGGUUGAUUUCAGAAAACCUCGGCGAUUUCUUCCCAGCAAAAGUUCAGGGGAACUGUUCCUUUCUCUAACGUGUCUUGCUUCUCUUCUACUUCAGUAUGGUCAAAUAGAGAUAACAAAUCACACAACAGGAGAUUACAGCGUGCUACAUUUCAAGCCGGGCGGCUGGUUUGGAAGAGAACUCAACAAAGUAGAAGGUUCCAUCUUUUCUGUCGAGUAAGUUUAAGUGCUUGUUCAACUUGAUGAUACGUAUUUGGGCAAAAGACGGUAAAAUGAUAAUCUCAGUGAAGUAUUAAGAAUUUUUUUAGACACACCCCCACCCCCACCCCCUAUAAUUUCAGGGGUCCAAAAGGCGACUUGAAAAGGUGAGCUUGGAGAACUGAUCUGUAGUUUUGUCAAUUUUUUUAAAGUACAGUAAAAACCUGCGAGUAAGAACCUGCAUUUUUUUAGGUUAGCGUAAACAGGUUCUUACAUAAAUAGUAAUUAACGCAAAUUGAGGCUAUGUAGGUUCUUAUUUUCUGAAGGAAAAUUUUACAUACUAGCUAAGAGUACUUGAUCAGUGGUCUUCAGCUUAUUCCUUAUAUAAAAUCUGCAUACCAAUACAUUUAAGUUAGAGGGAUAAGGCACCUAUGUCUCCAAAGACGUUUCUGGAUGUUGACUUAUCUUAUUUGCCCAAGUGUGGAGAAUUUUUUUUAUAGAUUUUAGAUUUUUCAAAUUUUAGGCUUAACAGGUUCUUGUAAUAGGUAUAGACGGGGCCUAACUAGCAAAUUUUUGCCUAACAGGCUCUUUCAAACCAUGCAGGUUCUUACUCGCGAGUUUUUAUUGUAUACUAUCAGGGACAUAACAUGUAAAGAGGCUAUCACGACUGUAUUAUCAACACUCUGACUCCUCUCUUCUUGACCACAGCAAGCGAAAGCGGUUCAUCUUGCGAGGAGACUGGACGAAGGGCAUCCAAUGUUUCACCGUCGAUAAAUUCACAAGGAAAGAUUCCAAGAGAGAAAGCAAACGGCGGCGAUCAGACGCAAGUGAAGGGAGCAGUAAUUCCUCCGCAGUUUCUCUUAAUAGUUUUAGUAGUGGAAGCAGUGACGGCAGUGUUACUGUGGAUACUUCCACUCCCACGGAUCUCUGGAGCUUUCAAGAGAGGCCAGCCCAUAGUAAACAGGUUAGCGGGGAGGAGGGGGUGUGUAGAGAGAAAUGCCAUUUUGUGAAGAGAGGGGUGGGUUUUGACAGUGAAAGAGUUGUGGCAGGUUUACUGUGGGCAGUUUCUCCUUAGGGUCUCUGGAGCUUUCAGGAGAGGCCACCCCACAGUAAACAGGUUAGAGUGCGUGUGUGUGGGGGGAGGGGGAGGGAGGUAAAGAUAGAAACGCUAUUCGUCAAUAGAGGGGUUGCGUUACCCCACGGAUCUCUGCAUGGAGCUUUCAAGAGAGUCCACCCAUUGUUAACAAGUUAGUAGGGGGGGGGGGGGUGUAGAUAGAAACGCCAUUUCGUCAAGAGGGGGUGGGGAGUCGUUUCGUCGUUUAAAAGAGUUGCAGCAGUUUUAAUGUGGACUGUGUACCCUCUCACUGGAGGUGUCAUGGGAGACAAGCUGAAAACACCAGGCAGUGGGAGUUUUGCGGAAAAAAAAAACAGAGGGGAGGCCUGGGGGAAAAGAACUCGAUCUAGGCUCCUUGUGCACCCUAGUGAUAUUGGAGAUUUCAGGUCGAGCCUUGUAGUACAUGGGACUGUUUCUAACAAUAGGCGGAGUUGUGUAGUGGGCGUAGUAGUCCGUGUUUAGUUUUUGUCUUUAGUAAACAAGAUCAAAAUUUGAAUUCUCAUUUGUUGCCCCCCAUUUCAUGAGGAGAAGGGGCCCAUCUUUUUCAUGUCCGUAAUUCCGUCAGUUUAACGUUUUUAGUGAGGGGAAUGCUUUAACAAUCUUCCUACUUAAGCAGAAAAAUACCACUCUUCCACUAGAGAAGUGAUAGUAUGCCUUUGCCUGUACGUCUGAGGGUCACGUGCCAUAUUUUAUUUCGUUUAGAUGUAUAAUUUCACUACCUACGCCAUGCAGCUGAAUGAACUUCAUGAAGACCAACAGCCCUUGGUAAGGCAUACGUUAAUCUAUGAGAACGGACAGACAACUUACUUCAAUCAGCAAAAGGGUUAUUUCCGCGCGUAUGCAUUUUCCUUAGCUUUAUUCUGUAGCUCGAAAUCACAUGGAAAAGAGAGCUGCAAGACAACGCGCGUCGCCGCAAUGGCGCCUCGCGCUUUCUCGCCUUCUUUCGCGUGCCGCUUGCCUAUGACUUUUCGCGAUAUUCCCCCACAUUGAGAGCUGACUCGCAGGGUACUGUUGCACUUGUGCAUCAUGCAAAUAAAACUACAGGAAAAGGAAUCGAAUAUAUCCUAGUUUUUGCCUUUUCAAAGGUACUGGGGAAGAAGGGUCUCUUGAAGGGAUAUUUACUGAAUAGUGUUUUAAGAUGAUGAUGAUGAUGAUGAUGAUUAUUAUUAUUACUACUAUUAAGCGUUUUCGUUUCAAUCUUUUUUCACAGUUACCACCCACGGAUUCAAGGCUCAGACCCGACUGUCGAGCACUGGAAAAUGGGGACUUAGGUAAGUUGUUACAGAGGUAAAAAUUGUACCCUGCUAAGAGAGGUUUCAUUCCGGUGUGGUUUUUAAGUCGUUCUCGUCAAUGCCAUUCGCGAAAAACAAACCAUUUUGCGAAUAACAGCGACACGAACGACUCCACACGUGCUAAUACCCAUUCCUUCAAGAAACCUCUGUUCACAGCUUAGUAAGAUUCCUCACUUCAGAAACUUUGGGAGUACGAGUACAAGCUUUGAGUGGAGUGGUUUCUAGGAUCCUUGGGGUGGACAAGCGUUAGUUAUGAUUGGUCGAUGGUAUCCAAGGCAACUAUUAACCAAUCAUUGCGGGCGACAAGAGGAGCCCUUAAUGCUAAUCUCCAGGUUGUUAUUACGCAUGCGUCGAAUGUAUGUAGCCAUCAUUCGUUUGGACGUUCACUAAGAAUGAAUGGAAUGCGCAGAAUGCAAUUUGAUCAUGCGCGUUUGGACUUUCUACCCUCGUAAACUGAUCACUGGCUUUUUGACCAUCUGUCAUGUAAAACUUACGCAAAGCUCAGCGUUGGAGCAAAAGCGUUUUUACCUUCGAUCGUUGUCGCCGUCUUCCCUAACCGUUGGUUACUACUAGUAAGUAGGGAUUAUUCACUCUAACAGUCCCAGAAAUCGUUGUGCCGGAAGCUUGUACCCAUUCCCCCAUAUAGUUUCUGGAGUGGGGAGUUGUAAAGAAAGUAACGUUUGGGAACUUCCGUAAGCGGAUAUGGUGGGCUCGUUAUAACGCGAUGGUCAGAUCAGUUAACGUAGUUGAAGAGUAACUUGAAAAGAAAAAAAAAAUUGUUUGUGGUAAUCCUGGAUAAGCGUUAUCCAUAUUGAUUGUUGUUUUAUAUCCACAGAUAAAGCUACUCAAGAAAAAAUUCGAGUUGAAGAGAAGCAACGUGCUGCUAAAAGAGAAAGACAAAAGAAAAAUGAGCGCUGGAUCCCAAGGUAAUAGUUCGUUCCUUUUUUUCUUUAACUCUUCUGUUGCCGGAGUCGAUUUAGGGUCUUACCACUCAACUGAAACCUCGGCAACAGUUCUUUUACGUGGUAAAAUUUGUUUUAAACUCGGUAAUUUUGAUGCUUGGGCAUUGUGGGGCCAUCUGGCGGAAAAUUCCUUAAUUCUUAGCGGAAAAUCAAAUAGUACAAGAGCUCGGUGUACUCUUUCUGACACUGUGGGUCUUGUUUUGUUUGUCCCAUAACAUACGGAUUCGUACGCAGUCCUCUUGCACAUGCAAUUUGCCUAUGAAAAGAGGGGUUGCCAAGAGCUUCGUUGCUCCAGACUUCCUGCAAAGCUUCCUUGAACUCAUGUGCCAACCAGCAAUGCUUGUAUUACGCAUGUAAACCUGCUUUAUCAUCAUUCAGCACUGUACCUUGUUUUUUUCUAGAUGGUUUAAAGAGGACAUGAAUCCUUACACCAGUCAGAUGGACUGGCUUUUCACUGGAACCUACUGGAACAGGGAUUGGAAAUCAUGUCCGGAUAUCUUUUAAAGUUUUUGUUCUUAGUCUUUAACAAAUUAGCAAAAUGUCCUGCCUGUGAGUUCGUCUGAGAAAAAGGUCUCUGCCGGUCAGUUUCGACCAGAACGAAUAGUGGGGAUCUAAUUAGCUCUGAACAAUGAUUUACUAGAUUUGACUGAAUCGCAGGUUAGACUAGGCUCAGUCUCCAGCUGGGGGUGUCUCGAUUCCCCUCAUCAAUAACUGGCGCAUCGAGACACCCACGUGUGAGAUUAGACCAGUGCAAACAGUACAAGAUUUCAUUAAGGUCCUGCCAGGGCGAAAUUCGACAAGCUACAUGGCACCAAAAAGCAACUAAACCUCGUAAAAUGAAAUCAUAACAAUCUUCCUGCGAUUUCUCUCCAUUUACGACGACGAUGAUGAAAUAUUCACAUAAGACGGAGGGAACUCGGUACACCUCCCCUGACAGGACCUCUUGGGUGUCUGCACUUUGUACUAAGUCUCAUUUUAUUUUUCUACCAGAUCACAACUCAUUAACAGAAAUCUUUCCUAGUAUGAUCAAUUGACUAUUCCCAUUUUAUUCUGCGGGUGAUGAGAGGGCCAGGAAGCAAAAUAAUUAUUAGGAGACCUUGCGAUCUGACCUCAGCAGGGGAGACUGCAUCACUAAUCUGCAGCUCAAUUACAGAUGGCCCUGUCACCUUUCUUUGCGCAAGAAUUAAACUUGCUUUAUCCGACCGACGUUUUGCAGCGCACUUGGUAACAGGUUUUCCCUUCCCACUGGAAAAAUCAGGAAAUUUUUUCAAUGGAUUUUUGAAAAUUAAGUUUCCCAUACCUUGUCCACCUAAUAUUUCAGACUCAUAUAUGCAACAUAUCUUUUGCGCAGGUCGAGUUCUUCAUCGGAAAACAUAAUUUUCAAGCGUUAUCUUAGUCGUAUCUCUUCAGGAAGACUGCGAUUCAAUUGACUAGUUAGUGGUUUCCAUAGGCAACUGUAUAUUAACCGACCACAACUUUUAUUUGUCGCGCUAUCGAUCCCAGAAAUCUUAGUGCCAACAUUGUGGCGUAGUCUCUCCCGAUUUACUUCCGGAAAGGCAAAUUACUUUGUUACUGUGAGAAUUUUUCCUUUUUUUUUUUUAAGCCGAUGCAGCAGCACAGUGAAAUCCCACUUUUCUUAACCCUCCUGGGAAAAGAGAUAUUUGUUCGAAUUAUCAAAAGCUUCGAAAUACUAGGGGUAAAAUAAGGCUACUGCAUUUAAUAAGUAUGCACAACAUCCGGGUUGAGACCAGGUGGAAUUCUUCAGGGGUAAGUUAUAAAGGUUUUGUGACUCGACAGGGGUAAAUGCAACAUCAUGGAAUUUCCCAGGGGUAAGAAGAAAAGGUAAAUACUUAUCCCGGGGGUGAAGCUACUGGAUCAUAAUUGAACGUUUCUGGGAAAUUGCCCACCUACCCCUCCCCUAAGUCAACAUUUUGCCC